AUGUCGCCUAACACGCCAGAUCAGCAACCUGAACCUCGAUGUCCGGGCGACAUGGAUGCCUGGAUUCUUGGGAGCGGUAUCGCCUCGCUCACAUCGGCGGCACUUUUGAUCCAGAAGGCUCACAUUCCACCCUCACGAAUCCACAUUCUUGAAACGCUGGAGAAAGCUGGCGGAGGGUCCACCAGCACGGGAGACCCGGUCAAUGGGUAUGAUUAUCAUGCCGGAGCGAUGCCAGCAUUCAAUGGCGUCUACAUGGAGAAACUUCUUUCCCUUGUGCCAUCGAAAUCGGACCCAAAGAAAACCGCGCUUAACGAUCUCUGUGAGUUCAACCGCACAAAUCCACCUUACAAGACCCCGCACACACGAUUCCUCUCUCGCAAGUCUCAUGAAUUGGCACGGAUUGACCCAAAACGAAUUGGAAUGGGAUUGAGAGACCGCUUCAGCCUGUAUAUGCUGUCUUCAAAGACCGAGAAAAGUCUUGGACGAUCUCGUAUUCAAGAUCAUUUCCACUCGAGCUUUUUCAAGAGCACGUAUUGGUUGAAUCUUGCUACUACUUUCGGCUUUGAACAAAGGCACAGCGCCGCUGAGUUCCGCCGAUUUGUAAAAUGGUACAAGAACGGCGAGCACGAACUAAACCACCUGCGUCCGCUCGAUAACGGGAAUUACAAUCGUCAUGAGGCUAUCAUCAUACCAAUCGCUCAAUUCCUUCAAUCCCGCGGAGUCGACUUCCGUUUCCGCACGACCGUCACAGAUAUCAUUCUUGAUUCCGCCCAUGAAUAUGUCUCUUCAAUUUGCGCGGUUAAAGUCAACGAACCGGAAAUUUCAAUCAAUGUCAGGCCCAACGACAUUGUGAUUGUAUCCGUGGGCUCAGUCAUAUCUGGCGCCACAAGCGGAACAAAUACCACGCCGCCAUCGCUUGAGAUGAUGGAGAUCGAGAAAGACUUGGAUGACAAUUGGUUACUGUGGCUAGAACUAUCGACGAAGAACGAGAAGUUUGGCAAUGCGUACAACUUCUGCACGCGGAUGACUGAGUCCAGACAGGAGUCAUUUACCAUAACGCUCAAGACCCCGGAGUUUUUUAAUCGCUUCACCGAGUUGACGGGAGAUGCCCCGGGUUCCGGAGUCUUCGUCACUCUUAAAGACAGCAGCUGGCUGCUCAACCUCAGCAUUCCCCAGCAACCCAUGUUUCCGGAUCAGCCAGAAGACGUGCAAGUGUUCUGGGGCUAUGCAACGUUCCCAGGAAAAGAAGGCGACUAUGUCAAGAAACCCAUGCUCGAGUGCUCGGGUAAGGAAAUCAUGACGGAGAUUCUGCAUCAGCUAAAAUUCCCGGCUGAUUCAAUCCUCCUUAACUCGGUGACUAUUCCUUGUGUAGUGCCACGCAUGUCAGCGGCCUUUUUGCCGCGGACGUCCGAAGACCGGCCGCAGGUUAUUCCUCAAGGGAUGAAGAAUAUGGCGCUGAUCGGGCAGUUUGUGAAGAUCCCUGAUGAAAUAGUCGGUACUAUGGAUUAUUAUGUGAAAGGAUCAGAUAUGGCGGUGCAUCAUCUAAUGGGACUAGGACAAGAUGUGAAGUAG